CUACAAACUACAACUUCCUUCAGAAAUACCGCGAAUUCAAAACCAAAAGCAUUAAAAAACAACAUCAACUAGAAAUCAUGGAGGUGGAUCAAGAUCUUCAGAAUUUGUUGGAUUCCCAAGAAGAUGAAGAAAAUGAGUUAGUUCUUAGCCCUGCCGCCUUGAUACAAGUUAUGGAAGAGGCUUGGCUAAAUGAAAAAUUUGCUCCAGAAGUUCUACCAAAUAAAAUUGAAUUCGUUGAAUUGCUUCUGGGGCAAUUGACAGCAAUGGAAGAAAAUUUAAUUAAUGCAAGUGAUAAGGAUAUCAAAAAAGGAAUUCAUCAACUUGAAGUAGACCGUUUGAAAUUUCUUGUUUGUAGUUACUUGAGAAUAAGACUAGAAAAAAUUGAAAUGUAUGUUGAAAAAGUUUUGAAAGAGGAAAAUGCAAGAAUAGAAAGAGGUGAAGAAUGUUACUUAACUGAGGCUGAAUUGAGUUUUGCCGAAGGUUACAAAGGAAUUGUGGAUAAACAUUUUGAUAACCAAAUGAACAUUCAUCCAACAAUACCAACGGAAUGGAGAAACCAAGUUAUUCAGCCAAAUUUACAUAGUUUUGUUUUUUCGAAAUCUAAAGCUAAUAUUGAGAGCAUUAUCAUUGAUGAAGGCAAUGAAGAUGAAACAGUGUAUGUCAAUAAGGACUCGCAAAUGAUAAUUUCUUACAAUAGUGUGAGUAAUUUGGUGAAGAAUGGUGAUGUACAACUUAUCUGAUCCACAAAAUAAUUUGAAACAAUAAUUUUUCAAAUAUGUCACGUUAUUUCACUAAUAAAAAUUUCACAAAUUAUAUUAUUUUGUAAAUAGUUAGGUUAGAUCCCCAAAUAAUAAAAUAUUAGAGUUAUAAAAUAUUUAUUUCUUUUGUUUGGCUUCAACAUCACUGUUAAUCUGUUGUAGUUGAGAAUAAACAAUUAGAUAUAUAAA